AUGGGACAAACUAGUCGAGAAGAUUUAAACGAUACUGAUUUACCUACUUAUGACGAUGUCAUCAGAGAGGAUCAACAGAGGUUGAACACCGGGGCUCAACCACCACCACCACCAGCUAGACCACCGCGUAGAUCUGAUCACAAUUCUCCAAGGCCAGGGGGAUCUUCGUCAUCAUUGUCAUCGUCGCGCCCUCCUCCAAGAAUAAAUUCGACCACAGGUGGAUCUACAACAAGACCUACGAAACCAAUUCCCUGGAAUUACCCAAGAGGAUUUCACUGCCCUAAAUGUGGUAAUACUGGUUAUAAAUUAAAGAAUGGGAAAUCAUGCCGUUCGUGUUGGCGUCGCUUUGCCCCUGUUAAUGAUAUUCAUUCUCAAAAUACUCAAGUUUUACAGACCCCGGGUUAUUCAUCAUGGGGGUCAUCGAAUUGGUACAGUAAUCCGUCAAAUUUUGCUUCACCAUGGUCUAUGGCACCUCCAAGACCACCAACAAUGACAACGAGUACGUUUGCUCCACCGCCAGGUGGCUCUAUGGCGCCCAUGGGUAACGCUCCUCCAUUAGUUGUUAAACCAGGAGAUCCAAGACUUGGUGGUGUUCUGUGUGGUGAAUGUAGAGGUUCUGGAAGAGUUUCGUUCCUUUUCGAUGAAGAUUUAUGUCCAUUAUGCCGUGGAUUGGGUAGAAUCAUUAGAUGA